AUGGAUGUGGUUCAAAAAAAUAUUCAAGUAGUAAUUAAGUCCAGGGCAGUGGAAUCAAAAAAUCUGGCUGACUACGAAACAGCAUGGUUCAUCAGAGACAAUAUCAUCUUUUUUUCAGAAGCGCCUAAUGAUAAGUAUGAAUUUGAGACCGUCUUUAAACCAUCUACGUCAAAUGUGGCAAUUUUCGACAAAAUAGCAAAGCCUAUGGUCGAAUCAGCCCUAGAAGGUAUAACAGGGAAUAUUUUUGUCUUUGGCCAAUCGGGUGCAGGAAAAACGUAUAUAUUUGAUGGAGAUGUGAAUGAAACUGGAAUUAUAGAUCUUUCGGUGUCCCAUAUUUUUCAAAAGAUCCAAAGCAUUAAGGGGAGACAAUUUUUGUUGAGGAUUUCCUAUUAUGAAAUUGAUGAUGAAAACAUUUACGAUUUGAUAAAGAACGACGGAGCAAUCCUCAAUAUUGAGAAAACGAAUGGUUCUGAUGUUAGAUACGGUGAAAAAAUAAUAAGUUCUGCCGAUCAAAUUCUCGAGCUAUUAAAAAUAGGCAGAGAAAAUCAUAAAGUGAGGGCAACUUCUACGAAACAGAACAACACGAACACCGUUUUUAGUAUAAUUAUUCAAUCUAGAGGGAUACACCAGGACUUCACUGACCAGACGGCCCUUGUUUCGUGUUUAAAUUUUAUUGACCUGGUAGGUUCAGAAAGUUACUUUCAAAUGAUAGAAGAAGAACAGAAUGGAAACCGAUGCGAAAUUUUUUGUGAUAUAAGCUUGAGAUCCUUAAUUUCGGAAGUGGAGUAUCUGAGCCAGUAUCAGGGGCUCAGGAAUGUAAACUGUAAUGAAAGUAAACUAGCAGAAAUUUUGGACAAACCAUUUGGUGGUUAUGAGAUGACGGCCUUAAUAUGUGUGGUUUCACCACUGGAUAUAGAUGAGACAUAUUCGACUUUGCGUUUUGCUGACAACGCAAAGAACAUUAAAAACAACAUACAUGUCAACAAAGUUUUUUCGGAAGACACGCUUCUGAAGAAAAUGGAACAUUUUAUUUCCAGACUAAAACAUGAAUAUACCCCUGCAAAUCAAGGUGAAGCAAGUGGAAAUAUGCUCGAGAUGAAAGAACGAAUUAAGAAUAUAAAAGAAAAUAUAAUAUUUUCUGGUUCACCUCGUACAGUCGGUUCAACUUUGCAUAAAAAUCUGCUUAUUCGGGCUGCUAGUUUAAUAUGUGUUGUCAAUCCUGUAAAAUUUCUGUCGCUGUGCGAGUUCCACCAAGAAACUUCAGAUUUGGAAACGUUUUUGAGAAAGCUAUCAGAGUGCUUCGACAUGUACCCUGUUGCUAAAAUUGAACCGAUAUUAGACGACAAGCCAAAUACUCGAACAGAAAUGCCUGAAACGCCUGAAAUGCCUGAAAUGCCAGAAAUGCCUGAAAUGCCAGAAAUGCCAGAAAUGCCAGAAAUGGAGGAUGAUCUUGACGAAGAAAAAUAUAGUAAGUUUACUAAUUGA